AUGGCUGAUGCGGCUGCAGAGUUAGUUAAGCAGAAGCGCAUAAGCGGGUUCUUGCUGAAUUUCAAAUGUAACACGGCAAGAUUAGCGGCAUCUGCUUGCACGCUGCCGCACAUGCGCACGCGUUUGAGUUUGUUAGAGUCGUAUUGGUCCGAGUAUACUCUAAGGGAUCUGGUCCUGCAAGCGAAUAGGUCGGCUUUCAAAGGCGAGGCGUACUUCGAGAACGACGAGUAUCUCGAAGUUGAGUCAAGUUAUGUGGAGAGUAAAGCGGAUGUGCUUCAGUCAAUUGAAGAUUUAGAAAUCGCCGCGAGGCCACCGGUAACCGCUGCAGGCGCGCAAAAUAAUCAGGUUGUACACGCACCACCUGUUCCGGGUCCGUCGAAGUUCGCGAACAUGCCGAAAUGUCAAAUCCCGAAAUUUUCCGGAAAAGCCGAGGAAUGGGAGACCUUCAAGGAGCAGUUUUCUUCGAUGGUGAAAAACAAGGCCAACUUACCGGAUGCUAUCAAGAUGCAAUAUUUAGUAGACUCGGUUGAACGGCCUGCAGCGCUCAGAGUAAAGGGUCUUCCGUUGACGGGUGCUAGUUUUGAGUUUGCUUGGCAAAAAUUGAUGCGCAGGUACGAUAACCCCACUAGACGCAUGCAUACGUAUAUGGAAUUGCUGAUAGAUAUGAAACCGGUUAAGCGGAAAUCUUCGGGAGAGUUGAUGGAGUUACUGGAUAAGGCGGAAGCCGCGCUUAAAACCUUCAAGAAUGUAGGUUGCCCGUGCGAACAUUGGGACAGUUGGCUUAUUCAUAUGGUCGAGCGCAAGUUGGAUAAUGAGACGCGAGAAGGUAGCGAGUGGCGUAUUUCGCAAGAGUCGGUGGUAGGUUUUUCGACAUUUUCAGCUCUCACAAAUUUUUUCGAAACUCGUGCGUCCUCGCUUGAUCAGGAUGCAGAUGAUGAUACGGAGACGCCUACCAAACAAUCUAGUCAGAAGGGUAAUGGUUCGAAUCGUUCAUCUCGGCGUGAGUCAGUCUCAGUCAACGCAACUAGCACGUCGUUUGCUAAAGGCAAUUGCAAUGCCGCUGUAAAAUGCAGCUUAUGUAGGGGUCCUCAUCAGCUUCAAGCGUGUCCAAGGUUCAAUGGUAUGUCGACUUCCGCUCGUUUUGAACAUUGUAAAAAGGAGAGAUUGUGUCUCAAUUGUUUGAGAUCUGGACAUUUUUUGGCUGAUUGCACCUCUCAGAAUCGUUGCGCCAAUUGUAAGGGCAGACACCACACAAAGAUUCACUCGGAUCGACGACAAGGAGGAGAGGCUGCAGAUUCUUCAAAUUCAACAGGUCAGAAGGGCUCUUCUAGCGCGCCUGGCAAGUCAAGUAUGCUGGAGGUAUCAGCAAGUACAACAGUGGUGGGUAGGACCCGAUUGAUGGCCACAGCCAAGGUCUUACUUCAAUCUUAG